CACACUCACUCUUUCUCUCUCUUAAUUUCUUUUCUACUUUCUCUCUCUAGAAUAUAUAUAUAAUAAAUUCGAAGAACGAGAACCCUGCUCGUGAAUUUUUCCCUAUUUAUUUCUAUAUAUAUAUAUAUAUAUAAUAAUUUCCGAUUUCUUCUUCUUUCUGUAUAUAGUGAGAAUCCAAGAACCAAACGGAACCCUAGAACCGUAAUCGAUUAUGAUUUUCCCCCAAAAUAGGGAAUAAUAAACCCAUCUAUCAAUGAAUCCUUUUACGGGCCGAAACCCUAAUUAGUUUUUGUUUCGGUUUCUGAAUUUUGUUGUGGUUUUUAUAGCCAUGGAAUCGCCCACUCCGGUUUCUCGAUACAUCCCUCAGAAUUCUAAGAAAAGAUCGUUCAUGGCUGGAAGUUCGUCGUCCGGGUGUAAAGACGCGGAGGUGUUGGAAAUUCCGCCGCCGAUUAAUCGAUCUUCUAAACCCAAGUCCUCUAAACAAAAAGAGGUUAUUUAUCAAGAAAUAAUAGAUGUUGACUUGGAAGAAGACUCUCGCGAAAUCGUACCAGCUAAUGAGGGAGUUGGUUCAAGUGCCAAAGGCAAGGAAAUUGUGCCCAAUUAUUUAGCUGGUCUAAGUAUUUUAGCAGAUAACGAACCCGCGAGUAACGCUCUGACGUCUAAUAACGGUGCUGGCACCGUAGAUGAUUCAAUUAAUGUUGAAGAUUAUAACUCCGAUUCAUUCUAUGGAGAGGAGGAUUGGAUAGAUUCAUAUUACGAAGACGGAAUAUUUGAUGACUACGCUGCUGCGGGAUCGUAUUUCGACCACAUGGAUAUUCCGACUGGAGUCGAGGCGCCAUUCCCUUGGUUGUCUAAUUCCACCACUAUAAUUGAUAUGAAUUUGCCAACAAAUAGCACUUCAAAAUACCCAAAUUUCCAACCUCAGUUGAACUCCUCUCAAUCUCCGCAGCCAUUGAAUCUACCACAAACAAACAAUCCUUCUACUCCUCUACCACAAAUAAACAAUCUUUCUACUCCGAAUUCAGGUAAGGACACGAGUUCAGGCAGCAAACAUUCGAAGGAAAAAAUACAUUCGAAAUCGUACGAACGUAGUAAAAGUAACAAGAAAUCGGCUGCUUCGAGUUUUGAUGCCAAUGCGAGUUUGCAACAUUCAACGGGUUCUGCAACUAGCAAGGCUGCAAAGGAAAUUCUGCUCUCUCUUGGAAAGAAUAAAAGGAAGCCACGUUCAUCACAUGCAAGUACUGCCUAUCCGAGUCAUUACAGCCAAUAUUCUGUCUCAACGUUUCCGAAUGUUAAUGGCGGUAGUAGCUACCCUAUGAUGAACAUGCCUACUUCCACUUAUCCGUUUGGAGCGGGAAACUAUGCUAUGCCUUCGCUUCAGAAUUUACCCAUGAAUAAUUUGCAGCCUUCUGUGGGUCCUACUAAUAAUCUAAUUGGACCAUCUUCAAUACCGAAUUCACUGCCUGCCAAGAUAGAUCAGAUAGAUGUGGAUAAGAGUGUGCAGAUGUUUGAAGCUUUUAAGAAAUUUGACACAGUUGAGGAUUUUUCAGACCACCACUACUGCAAUAGUGGCUCUUCUGCAAAACAGGCACCAAAGAAUUGGGCCAAGAGAAUACAAGAAGAAUGGAAAAUUCUUGAAAAAGAUUUGCCGGCUGAAAUAUUUGUGAGGGUAUACGAAUCGAGGAUGGAUCUUUUACGAGCUGUGAUAAUAGGUGCAGAGGGAACUCCGUACCAAGAUGGUCUCUUUUUCUUCGAUGUCUUUUUCCCCAGCAGCUACCCCAACGUUCCACCUCACGUGCAUUAUCACUCGGGCGGCCUUCGUAUAAACCCUAACUUGUACAAUUGUGGGAAAGUUUGCCUAAGCCUUCUCAAUACUUGGACUGGCGGCCAAAAGGAGAAAUGGCUACCUGGUGUUUCGACCAUGCUGCAAGUCUUGGUAUCCAUACAAGGGCUGAUUUUAAACGCAAAGCCCUAUUUUAACGAGCCUGGAUACGCAAAUACGAGUGGCACCCCAACUGGAGAGAAGAGAUCUUUGGAGUAUAAUGAAAACACGUAUAUCUAUUCUCUCCAGACUAUGGUCUACAGCAUAAGAAGGCCUCCAAAGUAUUUUGAGGAAUUUGUGAGAGGGUAUUUCUGCAAGAACGCUCGAGAUAUUCUUGUGUCGUGUAAGGCUUACAUGGAAGGUGUUCAAGUGGGGUGUCUUGCUAAAGGUGGUGUGCAAGAUGUCGACGAAGGAGAUAAGAACUGCUCGCAGCAAUUUAAGACGAGAUUGGCUGGGUUUAUUGCUCUUUUGGUGAACGCGUUUACGGAAAUCGGAGCGAAUAACUGUCGCGAGUUUUUGUCUUUGGCUCAAAGGGGGAAUCUUCAAUCGAGUAUUGCCGCUCGUAAUGCCCUAAGUUACUAUUAAGUUAUUCCAAAAAAAAAUGAAAAAAAAAAAACAAUUUUGUGACAUGUAAAAAAGAUUCUGCAUUUUUUAAAUUAAACUGGACUUGGUUUUUGUUUUUGAUCGGAAUAAAACUGUUCAUACUCUAUUGAUUUAUAUUUAUAUAUAUUAUAGUAGUGCCACUAGGCAUAUUCUAGU